UUGGCUCUCUCUCUUCUCGUGAAGGCAAUACCACGUUGCUGAGGCACGCUAAAUCUGUGACCGGUGUGAGGUGUUUCGAAUUCUCCUUUUGAGAAGUGGUUCUCUGAAAGGAAUAUAACUCUGAAAGUGAAGCAAUGUCGCGAUUCUUCGCUCGAAGCGAUUCCGAGUCCGAGAGUGAAUCAUCCGAGGAUGAGCAGACCGUACCGAAGCCGCAGACGCAAAACAUCGCUGCGGCACUCGCGGUCUCCGACGAUGAGGAAGUUGUCAAGCGUGUGGUCCGGUCCACGCGGGAGAAAAGAUACGAGGAGUUGACGGAACUGAUUAAGCAGAUUCGCAAUCACAAGAAAAUCAAAGACAUGGCGAAGAUCCUCUCUACUUUCGAAAGUCUCACGCAGGCUUUCACCAAGGCCAAGCCAGUUAUCGAUAAAGAAGACGGAGGUCGAGUCCCCAAUUUCUACAUCAAGAUUCUUGUGGAGAUGGAGGACUUCAUCACCGAGUGUUGGGAGGAUCGUGAGGGCCGCAAGAACAUGAGCAAGAACAACUCGAAGGGUUUGGCGACAUUGCGUCAGCGCAUAAAGAAAUACAACAAAGAUUUCGAGAAGGAGAUCGCCACGUGGAAGGAAAAUCCUGUCGAAGACGACGUCGAAGAGAAGGUCGAAGUUGCCGCUGAAUCAGAUUCCGACGCCUCCGUGAGUCGCUCGGUGUCCGAGGAGAAACCUCAGCUGCGGAAGAAGGAGAUGCGAGCCAAGGACGACGAUGACGGCGACGGCGGAGGUGAAGACAGUGACGACGACAGCGAAGACAGUAUGUGGGAUAAUUCGGACGACUCGGACUCGUCGUCUGAGAGCGACGACGACAAGUACGCCGAUAACCUGGCCGCGAAGUUCUUGAAGAAAACCGGAGAUGGCGACAAAGACCGCGACAAGAAGCGUGAGCGUAAACGCAAGGACGACAAGGGCAAGCGGGACGAAGGCGACGACGAGGAAGGAGGCAAGUGGGAGGCCGUCAAAUACGGAGUUCCCAUGCAAAUCGAAAAGCCGAAAAUGUUCUCGAAAGAUGCCGAGAUCAACCAUCAGACCGUUCUGAAGAAACUCAACGAGAUCGUCGCCGCCCGCGGGAAGAAAGGAACCGACCGCAAUGAGCAGAUCUCGAUGCUCUCCGAACUGCUGUCGAUCGCGGCUCAGCACAACUUGGGAGCGGCGUUCCAACUGAAGAUCAUGUUCGCGAUCAUCUCGGCUCUGUUCGACUACAAUCUGAAGAAUUCGCCGUGCAUGAAGCAGGAGACCUGGCAGAAAACUCUCAGCUACAUCAAUUCCUGUCUCGAUGAUCUCUUCGAGUUCAAGGAAGUGCUCACGAUCGGCGAGAAUAUCCUUGAGGAGAACGAGGUUCUGAACGAGCCCCCGUUCAAGGUCAAAGGAUGUAUUCUCACAGUCGUCGAGAAGAUGGAUGAGGAGUUCACCAAAAUCUUGCAGAACGCCGACGCGCAUUCGCCUGAAUACAUCGAGCGUCUCAAGGACGAGACCGCGGUGGUGAAAAUCAUCGAUCGGCUCCAGGAAUACCUCGAGUUGGGCUGCCCGCCCUCGGAACUGUGUCGGGUGUACCUUCGCAAGAUCGACCACUUGUACUACAAGUUCGACCCGAAAGCUCUCAGCAACGAGCCGGGAAGCUCCGCGGAGCUCAUUGGCAAGCUGUGCAAGUACAUCUACGCCAACGAUUCCACCGACAGGAUCAGGACGCAGGCGAUCCUCUGCCACAUCUACCAUUCGGCGCUGCACGAUAAAUGGUACGAGGCUCGGGAUCUCAUGCUGAUGUCGCAUCUGCAGGACUCGAUCCAGUGCGCGGAUGUGGCCACUCAGAUCCUGUACAACAGGGCCCUGGUACAGCUCGGCCUUUGCGCCUUCAGGCAUGGCAACAUUCGUGACGCCCACAACGCCCUGCUCGAUAUCCAGUCCGGAGGUCGUGCCAAGGAGAUGUUGGCCCAAGGUUUGUUGCCGCAACGUCAACAGGAACGCACCUCGGAACAGGAGAAAAUAGAAAAACGGCGACAGAUGCCAUACCACAAACACAUCAAUCUGGAGUUGUUUGAAUGUGUCUAUCUCGUUUCGGCCAUGCUGCUCGAAAUUCCGGCCAUCGUAGCCCACGAGCUCGACGGUCGCAAACGCAUGAUUUCCAAGAGCUUCCACUACCAGUUGAGGAACACCGAACGCCAACCUCUGGUCGGGCCGCCGGAGAGCAUGCGUGAACACGUCGUGGCCGCCAGCAAAGCUAUGCGCGUCGGAAACUGGAAGGCGUGCCGCGAUUUUGUCAUCAACGACAAAAUGAACGUCAAAGUCUGGAAUCUAUUCCAUCAGGCAGAUAAAGUUCGCUCUAUGAUCGAGCAGAAAGUCAAGGAAGAGUCUCUCAGAACCUAUUUGUUCAUGUACUCGUGCGUCUACGACUCGCUGUCGCUUCGCACGCUGGGCGAACAGUUCCAAUUGGACUUCAAAAACGUACACUCGAUUGUGUCGAAGAUGAUCAUCAAGGCCGAACUCGCAGCCAGCAUCGAUGAGCCCAAUCAGAUGAUUGUGAUGCAUCGGUCUGAGCCAUCGCGUAUUCAGGCACUUGCACUGCAGCUCACCGACAAGGUGACGCAGCUUUGCGAUCACAACGACAAACUCUGGGACGUGAAACAAGGAGCCUAUUUCGGUCGGAACCAACAGCCCAACUACCGCGGAGAGGGUGGACGCGACGGAUACAAGGACCGGAGAGAAUUCCGAGACAACGAUCGAAACUGGGGUGGCCGCCAGAACAGGAGAGAUCGAGGCGGCGACAGGAGGCAUCGCGACAAUGACCGCGGACAAGAAGGCUAUAAUCGGCAGGAACAGGCUGGAUACUAGAAAAAACAAACUAUUCUAUGGCGAUAUGAAUAAAUGUACAUUCAUGUUCCUU